AUGGCGAAGAAGGGUUCUUCACCUGCCACUCGCCGGAGCCGACGGGGUGGACUCAGGCGGAGGAUCUCGUCGUCGGGCUCUCCAGCGAAUGGAAAUGACGACAUACCCGAGAUCUAUCAGGAUAUGCUGAAUGAGUCUCAGGCUGCACCCCAAGCCUUACCCCAUAGAAACAACCCGCCUCAUAAACGACGGAGGGUAGGGGAGCGUGGGGAAAUCGAAGCUGCUGAGGUUGUGACCAAAUCUGAAGAGGAGAAAGAAAAGACUACAGCCAUGCCUCCACAAACAGUCUACGAUGUUGAUGCAUCUGAAGAAGAAUCAGAGCCUGAGUGGGAGGAUGUUAGCCCACCUGGUCCGUCCACCACCCCUUCUUUGCCGUCGAUGCUUCCAGCAGGACAUGAUAUAGAGCAAGAGCCAUUGCAAAUUACUCUCGGAAAGGAAGAGGAUUCUGGGAAGAAGGGUGCCGCUAUCAGACGAAAGCCAGUAACUGGAGCUGAAAAGAAACUGCGUUUGGAGAUCCAUAAAGUCCAUAUCCUUUGUCUUCUUGGACAUGUUAGGCUCCGAAACACUUGGUGCAAUGAUGAGGAAACUCAUAAAAAACUGCGCCGGAUACUUUCAAAACAUAUUAUCAUGUGUUUGAACCCUAAGGAGGAUCUUCCACAGUUUACCCGAUCUACUACAUUUGUGGAUGGUCUUUUACAUUCUUCAGAAGCCUUUCGACGAAGAUUCAAAGUUACCGGACCCGGGAUGAGGAAACCAUACUGGCUGGAGGAUUGCUCCGCGGCUCAGGAUCCAAUUGCGUUGCAAGGGAUUACCGAAAUAUUGCAGUCAAGAAUUGACUUUCGGAAACAUGCUGAAAUAAUGCAGGGUUCGAGAGACUUUGGUGCUCAACUAUUUUGUGCUAUGCUGCGAGGAGUUGGCGUUGAUACACGUUUGGUUUGUUCCCUUCAAACCUUGCCAUUUACUGGUGUGGCCAAGGGAGAGUCUUCUAAAAAGCGGACGAGAGACUACAUACUUGUAUCUGAAGAUGAUGCGCCGAGCUCUAGCGUAAAUGCUGCAGCGAAUGUCAGUACUUCAGAUACGACUCCUCGGCGAAGGAUUGGGCAACCACAAUUCACGUCAAAGCAUAUUAAAAGCCCUGCACCACAGACAAGAGAUGAUGUGCCAGCUCCAGAUUCAUUAUUUCCAGUGUUCUGGGUCGAGGUAUUUAACCAUGCAAUGCAGAAGUGGGUAUGCGUUGAUCCUCUAGUUACAAAUACUGUGGGUAAACCUGCGUUGUUCGAGCCACCUGCAAGUGAUAAUUACAAUAACAUGAACUAUGUAAUUGCGUUUAAUGAAGACGGCUUUGCACGAGAUGUGACCCGGCGAUACACUAAGUCGUUUAACUCAAAAACAAGAAAAGCUCGAAUUGAAUCUACAAAAGAUGGGGAGAAAUGGUGGAACCGCACCAUGCAAGCGCUUGAGUUGCCAUUCCCAGAGGACCGAGAUCAACUAGAAUUUGGGGAGUUGACAGCCAAGGCCGCAAGUGAAGGUAUGCCCAAGAGUGUACAGGAUUUUAAGAACCAUCCUGUAUAUGCUCUAGAACAACAUUUGCGGUGGAAUGAAGUUAUAUAUCCAAAGCGGGAGAUUGGAAAGGUUGGCCUGAGUAAGUUGUCAUUGAACAAGAAAGCUCCGCCUUUGGAAUCUGUAUACCGCCGGACAGAUGUGCAUUCUGUCAAAAGCGCAGAUGGCUGGUACCGACAAGGGCGCAAGGUUAAGGCUGGGGAACAGCCGCUGAAGAGAGUCAGAGCGCGAGGCCAAGUGCGACAGCAUAUGUCCAAUUCUGAUGAUGAAGGCCACGAUACGCCCAUGUAUGCUGCGUAUCAGACAGAGUUAUAUGUUCCAGAGCCGGUCAUCGAUGGGAAGGUACCUAGAAAUGAGUUUGGGAAUAUUGACGUUUAUAUACCUUCAAUGGUACCACAGGGGGGCUUUCAUCUCAGGCAUCCGGAUGCUGCUGAAGCAGCUAAGAUAUUACGCAUUGAUUAUGCUGAUGCAGUCGUCGGCUUCAAGUUUAAAAAGCGUCACGGUACAGCUGUCAUAGACGGAAUUGUUGCUGCGACCGAGUACCGAGACGCUCUUGAAGCCAUCAUUUUAGGGAUUGGUUAUGAAAGGCAACAGACAGAAGAAACCCGUCGGACCAUGGCUGCUCUUCAUAUGUGGAAGCUGUUCUUGAUCAAACUUCGAGUUCUUGAGCGGGUGAAUAGUUAUAGAACUGAUGGGGUUAGUGGUCGAGAAGACUUGUUGCAAGAGGUGCAUGGGGCAGAGGAGCAAGCCGGCGGGUUCCUACCUGAAGAUGAUUAUGUUGUCCCAGCAUUGCCCACUGCCAAUAAUGCUAUAGGCGAGCCUUACGCACUGCAUGAAUCGGUGGAAGGCAGCCGGAGCAUACAGGAAGACAUUGGUGGUGGCUUCAUGGUAGAACCAGAAACAUCACAGCCAGCCUUCCCAGGAGACAUUGCUAAUAGGCCCUUGCAGAGAAGAGAGCCCGUACCAUCUGCCUCACAGUCCCGAUAUACUCUGGUUGUCGUCCCGAAAGAAGAGCAGGCCUGGAGAGAACCUUCCAUCAUUUCAACUGGGCUUGGACAGCAGGAUACCAUGGAAUCUAGAAGCUCUCAACCUGCAGACGGAACCCGUUCGGCUUCAGUGACUGUUGAUUCUCCUGAAAGAGAGGUCUCGGGGCUGCCGGAACUGGUGCACGUUGAUUCUGACAGCGAUAUAGACCGCAGUUCCAUGAUAUCCCACGACCCUGAGGAUGAUAACGCUGAGCCAGAAUGGCUGCUAUCUGAUUAA